AUGAACAAGUACCGUGCGGCAAAGCUCUUCCAGCCCAGCAAUCUACGACGAGCUAUGGCGGCAACGAUGAGGCCACAUCCUGCCUCGUCUCACCUGUUCGGCUGUGUCGUCUCUUUCCCUCACACCUCAGUGGUGCGCACCGUAGCGCCUCUCGGCUACGACAUGAUACUAAUCGAUGCGCAACAUACUGCCAUCGAUCCGGAGAACCUUGUCCGUUUGGUACAGACGGCCAAUUUCUGUAGUGAAGGAAGUUCGCUGGCAGUCGUGCGCGUACCAUCGGUGCGGUCAGAUUUGGUCACGUACGCCCUCGAUGCUGGCGCCGCAGGUAUCGUGUUCCCGCACAUCGACGAUGCUAAACAAGCCCGCGAGGCUGUCCGAAGAUGUCGAUACCCACCAGCUGGAGAGCGAUCGCUAUCGCCAUUCUCUCUAACACCACGCGUCACGGACAGCACCAUCUGCGGCAGCUGCUUCACCGAUGUCGCCAACGCGCACGUGGCCGUGGUUUGUCAGCUUGAAAGUGCCCGUGCGAUCGCCAAUGUAGACUCCAUCGCGGCUGUGCCGGGUGUAUCAGCUCUCAUGCUUGGGCCGGGUGAUUUGCGGAAAGAUCUCAGCUUGCCACUCAAUGGACGCAACGAGCCGCUGUUCUUGGAUGCUGUGGGAGAGAUGAUUGCGGCUAGUCGACGAUAUUUGAAUCCGCUUAUGGUUACGACUUUCAAGGCGUCUGUACGGGAGGAUCGGUGGCUUUCGGCUUUCUCGAUUCACCUUGCUGCUGCUGAUGCUUUGAGUGUUACAGCGGGAUUUCAGGAUAGUUUGAGGAAUAUCAAGGCUGAUAUUGUAGCGGCUAGGAGCGUCGCCGAUGAUGGAGAUGUGCUCGGGGUAGCGCAGGGAGGCAAGUCAUGA